GACGUGCGGCGUAGUCGAAUUGUUCAUUCGAUGCCUUAUCAGAGCAAGCAUCAUCACGAGCGUCACUGGGGACCUUUUUUCGAGGAACCGGUCAACGUGACUUCCGGGGCGGCCUUGCAGGUUGGAUAUCACUUAUCAACGGAGGCCAUCCUCAACUGUAGAGUAGGAAUGCUUAAGGAUAAAACGGUGAUGUGGAUCCGGAGGACCACCGAUAAGGUGUCGUUACUCACCGUGGGCAAUAAUACGUACAGCGGGGACCCGAGGAUAAGGGUCAAAUUUCAAUAUCCCAAUAAUUGGAGGCUACAUAUCAACCCGAUCAAAUCAGACGACGCCGGACUGUACAUGUGCCAGGUGUCGACGCAUCCGCCGCGGGUUUUCGCAACGAACCUGACCGUCUUAGAGCCCGCCGUCAGAAUAGUGGACGAAAUGGGGUACGAGUUCUUCGAUCGUUACUACAAAUUGGGCAGCACGAUCGAUAUCGCGUGCCAAGUGUCGGUGUCGUAUCUGGCGAGUCUUCCUCCCAGCGCGAAGCAACCGACAACACAGCAACAACGAUCAUCGAAGGCCUCUAGCGGUCCUUCCAUAGCUAACUCCCUGAGCCCAACUGCAUCGGGGAACGAGUGGUCGAAGCACGCCAAUGAACAAGAAAACAAACCGAUGCCCGAUGUCACGGAGAGAGGGUUGAUUAGCUGGACCAAGGAUGGCGCCGAGCUGCCGAAGGACGUCAAGAUGAGUUUUAGUGGCACCCAGCAGUGGCUCAUCAGCCGGUUAUCGAUUCUGCAGGCAAAUCGUGUCCACAGCGGCGUCUACAACUGCACCGUCGCCGGCAAACACGGUACGUCGGCUCAGGUGCAGGUCCUGAACGGUGAAACUCCGGCCGCAGUUCAGCAUAAUUUCGGCCCACGGUUGGCAGCAUUUGUCCUGAUCGGGGAUCGUACGGCACUGGUGGCAAUAAUCUGGUGCGUCUUGCUAAACAAUUUAAUGUAGCAUACCUGCUCAAUACUCCGUAGAAUCUUACUCCGAAA